AUGUCUAAACCGAAACCGUCCCGAAGUAAUCAUGCCGUUUCUUUGACAAACGGCACCACAAUUUCAAGGUUAUUUUUCCUUUUUUCCCAACUCCCUCGCUUGGUAUAUGCUCUUCCAGUGUUCAACCGUGCCCAUCAUGAGUCUAUUCUGCACAAUGAUAUCGUCAACGCCAGUGAAAAUAUGACACCCGAACAAUUUUACAUCAACUUGGCGGUCUCUGCCGUGCUUGUUCUUCUUGGAGGUGUAUUCGCUGGCCUCACAUUAGGUUUAAUGGGCCAGGACGAAGUGUACUUGAAAGUUAUCUCCACAAGUGGCGACGCUUAUGAACGUAGAUACGCCCGCAAAGUGCUUAAAUUGAUUGGUCGCGGAAAGCACUGGGUAUUGGUAACGUUGUUGCUCUCAAAUGUCAUCACCAAUGAAACCUUACCCAUUGUUCUUGACCGUUGUUUGGGCGGUGGUUGGCCAGCAGUUGUCACCUCCACCGCGUCCAUCGUGAUCUUUGGAGAAAUCAUUCCGCAAUCUAUUUGCGUUCGGUAUGGUCUUCAGGUCGGUGCCAUGUUCGCCCCCUUUGUCCUCAUCUUGAUGUAUAUCAUGUACCCAGUGGCUUACCCUUGUGCUCUUUUGUUAGAUCACAUUUUGGGAGAGGACCAUGGUACAGUGUACAAGAAAUCAGGGUUGAAGACGUUGGUCACUCUCCACAAAACUAUGGGUGUGGAACGCUUAAACCAAGACGAAGUAACUAUCAUUAGCGCUGUUUUGGAUUUGAAAGAAAAAGAUGUUGCCAACAUCAUGACUCCCAUCGACAGAGUGUUCACCAUGAGCUCUGAUAUGAUAUUAGAUGAGAAAACAGUAGAGGAAAUUUUCAACGCGGGGUUUUCUCGUAUUCCUAUCCACUUGCCCAAUGAUCCCAUGAACUUUGUUGGUAUGCUUUUGGUACGUGUUUUGAUCAGUUAUGAUCCAGAAGAUGCAUUGCCAGUGGCUGCAUUCCCAUUAGCCACAUUGCCGGAAACAAGUUCGGAAACUUCAUGUUUGAACAUUUUAAAUUACUUUCAAGAAGGUAAAUCACAUAUGAUUAUUGUUAGUGAGACACCCGGAGAACCUACUGGAGCAAUUGGUGUUUUGACUCUUGAAGAUGUGAUUGAAGAAUUGAUCGGAGAAGAAAUUGUCGAUGAAUCCGACGUUUAUGUCGACAUAAACAAAAACAUCAAACGUACUCAACCGGGGCCAUUAUCGAAACGUCACUUAACAUCGUAUCUCCUGAAUUUGUAUCAGAGAUCCAAUUCCAAUUCCAAGAGGAAUUCCCUUGACGAUUCUGCCCGUCAGCCACUCAAAGAGGCCACGCCCGAUGAAAGUCAGGUUUCUGGCAGUAAGACAUGGAAGCCAAUGAACCCUGCUGCCAACCCAUUGGAAACCAACAAGAAGUUUGUGACAAUCAAGAGACCCGACUACGACACGGUCAAGAGUCUUUCUGGCGUGUCAAGAAGCCACCGCGAGCGCCAAGAUGGCGCCCAAAGACAAAGACACCUUGUACCUCAAUACGGCGCGGUGCAUGCAACCGAAGAAGGGGCAUUGAGAGAUGCCAAGCGUCGAAGUAGCGAUCACGAUAGUGCCUCACGCCAACGAUUUUUACUACCUGAAGAACGAGAAACCGAUGUUUCUGAAAUCGUCAGCCACAACGGCCAGCACGAUGCCGCCGAUGCACCACCCACCACUGUAAAACUAGAUGAUGUCAAUGGUUCUGGAGGGAACAGCAUCCCCCUUGUUACGCAAGAGCACAGUGAAUCCAGAUCUUACCGUACUGGAGGAAUCGUUGAGUCGGUGGUCAAUGUGGACGGUGUGCACAAAACGAUCAUUGAGAACGUCAGUGACGAUGAGGACAACAAUGAGCUUAUUGCCACACCGCACGGAUCAAUGCGGAAGAAACACUUGGAUGCAAUCUUCAAGAACGGCGAUGGACGGUCGGAAGAAGUGGAACAACUUCUCGGCGAUGACAAUUCGUCCGAAACCAGCAAGAGCCGCAAGCAGCUGAUGUGGGACCGGUUCAUUAAUCCCUCCAGCGACGAGUAG